UGGGGGACCGCGGCUUUGCACCGAACGACACGUUGUCACGCGUCACGUGUCUCCAGCCUCUUGAUGGAAGCGAGGGGUCCAUCUGGGCUCUUGCGCGUGCACCAAAGCACCAACAACAGGACUCAACCCAUGCAGGACCACAGUUGAAGUCAAGGGGCCAUACAGUAUGUUUCACCGUUCACAGUCAAAGACGACUUGCCGCAAGUCACGAGGACGCCAGUGAGAGAAUUGCAGGACUUGAAUGAAAAGCACACCCAGCUCUCGAGAAACUUCGGCGGUCCCAGCAUUGAAGUUCCACUGUUGUGAUAUGACCUCCCAACUCCUCCAAUUCCAACCGUUCGCUUCGACGGUCCGAGCUGAAUUUUGGCAUAACUUCUCAUCGCUGAAGAUUGAUGCAUUGCAGCUGAGCGAUGAGCACGUGCCGCUGCGUGCUUCGUACACAAUCGGCAGAAGCGUAUUGGAUCGCAAUGAGGAGAAGUGGGUGAACUUGCCUCCAAGCUUCGUGCUUGACGGGCAAGCCUUCGAAAGAGAUCCUCAAACUGGCGGGGUGAGGGCUCCAAGUGCGACAGAUGCGGUGUCUGAAGGGCCGAGCAAAAAUAGCAGCGGGUCGCCUCGGCAAAUUCAGACGAACAGCAGAUGGCAGGCGAGCAUACCUAUGACAGGAUACCUCAAGAAUUACAACACGGUUGAAGAAUUCAAACAGGCCGACAAAUCAGGAAUGUUUGAUGAGCUAGCUGCGAAAAUCCUGCAUGUCCUUUCAGAAGGUGAAAAUCCCGAAGCGUACCUUAACCGCUUCUUCGUGCUUGCCUUCGCCGACCUCAAGAAGUUCAAGUUCUACUACUGGUUUGCGUUUCCCGCCAUCAUUGUCCAACCAGCUUGGCACAUCGCCAUUCCUCAAAUCUCAGCAUCAAGCUCAGAAUCUGCGAAUGGUCAGGAACCCUGGAGCAAUGCAGCAAGGGAGAUUGGACUCGAGACGCUCAAGGCUAUUGAUGCAGCCUUACCAGCCUUCGCUGCGGGCGGGAAAAGGAAGGCCCUUGAGAUACCAGGGGAUACAGCCUUCAACGGAGCUUUCCUGGUGCGGCAUUCACCGUCGAGCGCUCAACUGGGCACUGUAAUGGAUUAUGCCACCUUCUUCGCGCAUGUGCCAGAUGAUCAACGCAUUGUAGCAUUUAUUGACCCAUCUUCGCAUCCAACACAACCGGGCUGGCCACUGCGUAAUCUACUCCUGCUUUUGCGAGCACGUUUUCAGAUCCAGCGCAUUCGUGUUCUGCGAUGGCUGGACGAAUCAGGGGCGUUCACGGAUGAUGCGGGAAGGGUCAAGAGCCUCGUUGGCACCGUUGUUCUGCCAGAAGAGACAGAAAACCGAGUCCAAGAAAUUACCGCUGUGAAAUCGAAGCUGACAACUGGUUCUGGCCCUUCAGCAUUGCCCAUUCCUCAAGCCACCGGCUGGGAGCGCAAUGCUCGCGGCGCUCUAGCACCUAAGGUGUCCGACUUGGGGCCAUUGAUGGAUCCGACGCGUCUAGCAGAUCAGGCAGUGGAUCUGAAUCUCAAGCUCAUGCGAUGGCGUAUCAUGCCCGAGAUUCAGCUGGACAAGGUACAGCGAAGCAGAUGUCUGUUGUUUGGUGCAGGUACUCUUGGAUGCUAUGUAGCGCGGACAUUGAUGGGCUGGGGCGUGCGGAAUAUCACGCUGGUGGACAAUGCGCGCGUGUCGUACUCGAAUCCCGUCCGACAACCUCUGUUCGACUUUGAAGACUGCCUGGAAGGCGGAAAGCCCAAGGCACAUUGCGCUGCGGCAAAGCUCAAGAAGAUCUACCCUGGAAUCAAAGCAGAGGGACAUAUGCUCGCCAUACCGAUGCCGGGCCAUCCCAUUGCGGUGGGUUUACGAGAGCAGAUGGAGAAAGACCUGACCAAGAUCGAACGGCUUGUCGAUAGGCACGAUGUGGUCUUCCUGCUGAUGGAUUCGCGGGAGUCACGAUGGCUGCCCUCGCUGCUCGGAGCAGCCAAGGGAAAGCUUGUCAUCAAUGCCGCACUUGGCUUCGAUACCUAUCUGGUCAUGAGACAUGGUGCUGGGCCAGAGGGCGCUUCCUCUCCUGUUGCUGUCCAUUCCUCACCUGCGCCGAUUGAGCCAGGCGCAGCAGGCGCCAAGCGGCUCGGUUGCUACUUCUGCAAUGACAUCGUCGCGCCGUCUGACUCGCUGGCGGACAGGACGCUGGACCAGAUGUGUACGGUCAGCCGACCGGGCCUUGCUGCUAUCGCUGGUGCGUCGGCGGUCGAAUUGAUGAUCUCUGUCUUACAACAUAAAUAUGGCGUACGAGCGCCAGCGUCGAUCUCGCAGCCUCCUGGCUCGCAGGACAGCGCUGCCGCUUCUGGCUCUUGCCUCGGCUUGAUCCCUCACCAGAUCCGGGGCUUCCUUGCGCAGUUCAACAACAUGCUCAUCACCGGGCAGUCGUACGACCGAUGUACCGCCUGCAGCUCCACCGUCGUACAAGCCUACAAGGUGUUGGGGCACGACCUGGUGCUCAAAGCGUGUAAUGAGGAAGGAUACCUUGAGGAGCUCACGGGAUUGAAGCAGAUGUACGAGGAGACGGAGCAAUUGGAGAAGGAGCUGGAAGUCGACUGGAGCGACGAUGAAGGAGAGUCAGAACUGUGAAGGGUAGCACUGGCCUUGUCAUCGCCGUACUGCAGCAUCAGCAGGCAAGCUUGCAGCGCCCGUCCUCACGUUACGAUGCCAUAUUUCACGGUGUACAAUACAGCUAAGUCGCCAUGGACCAUUUCGAAGUGCUGAUAAAGCGCCAUAUGGUCGUAAACAGUUUGUACAUGUGGCUCUGAUGACCUCCCCAAGCCCUAGAAGCACGAGGAAUCACAAU